AUGGCGUCUUAUCAGAGGUUGUUUUUCCCCCUGCUACUUCUUCUUCCUUCUCUUCUUCACCAUUUGUGCAUCCCACUUUGCUCAUGCGAAGUCUUCAAGGGAGUCACCUCCACCCCACGUGACAGCCCCAACCAUGCCAAUCAACAUGCUCAAAAGACGCAACUAAUAAACUCCUUAAAAGGAAAAACCAACCAAAUUAGAAAAAUGUAUAACGCAUUAAACGAGAAAAACGUAAACCUGCCUCUUUACCUUUUUGCUAACGAUAACGAUGAGGAAAAAAGGCAAGUACUCAAAGACCUCUUUUUGAGGGGGUAUUUGGAUGUCCUGCAGGGCCUCAACACCCCUUUGUCGAAAUAUUACCUCUCCAUGCGCAGCGCACAGAGGGCGCAACGCACACAAGUCGAAGCAAAAAUAAGAAACGAACGGGACCUCAUCAACGGUCUAAGCUUGGAAAAUAAAAAAAGACACGUCGAGGAGAAGCUCCGGGAGUAUCGAUUUUUAAAAGAUAAUCUUCUGCAGUUGUAUUCGACCAUAGAGAAACGCCUUAAAUCCGUGGACUCAUUAAUGGCCCGCUUGGACAUGAACCCGAAAAAUUAA